CGAUAGUCCACUACAAUCGGUCGUUGUAACAUGAAGUUCAGAGUGUUUACGCUUUUAAUUCUUUCAAUCAAUUGGUUCGUGGAGCACGUCCGAUGCUCUAAGAUUCUGGUGUUCGCUACGACGCCGACUUACAGUCACCACGUAAAUUAUCCCCCAUUACUGUUGGAAUUGACCUCCCGCGGUCACGAAAUAGUAUUAGUCACCGCGGCACCCACAUCAAGUUUGGAUGUCCCUAAUAUUAAGCAGAUCGAUAUUAGUCAGGUUUUUAAAACCAGAAAGAACUUGAACAGUAUUGGCGAUAGAUUCAAUGGAGUAUCUUGGUUAUCGUCCGUGGAAGACAAGAUUAUUGAAAUAUUCGAUUUGACCACGGAGGAGAUUUUCAAGCAUCCACAAAUGAAACAAUUAUACAAGCCAAAUAGUAACGCAAAUUUUGAUCUUGUUAUAUUGGAAAUGUUCUAUAGCACGUCACUUCUCGCAUUAGGACACAGAUUUGACGCUCCAACAAUGGGAUAUAGCCCGAUGGGAAUACCUAAUAUUUAUGAUUAUAUUUGUGGAGCACCAGUGUUUACUAGUCAUGAGUCCAACUGGGAAAUAGAACAAAACGCAGGACCAAAUCUAUCAUUCUGGCAGAGGCUACAAAACUUUGCAAAGAUGUGGCGCCACAUAUACUUGCAGUAUAAUUAUUUUAUUCCUCGUCAGCAGCUCAUGGCUGAAAAAUAUUUGGGACCCGGAGUACCGCCCAUGCUCGACUUAAUAAGAAACAUCAGCGUCGUGUUCAUCAACGCUGAUGAGGUUUUGAAUCCUGCUCGGCCGAGAUGUCAAAUCAUAUCUUAUAUAAUUCUCCUCAUGUUUCUGCCAACAUUACACCACCUACAAAGGUACAAAGAGCGUAUGCUUCAAGUUAGAGAUCUAAUCAAAGACAAGCCCUACGACACAGCGAAGCACUUUGCCUGGUGGACAGAAUUUGUGAUUCGUCACAAGGGUGCAGCCCACCUUAGGACCACCUUAGGGACACAACCUUGGUAUCAGAGGCUUGAUAUGGACGUUAUAGUGUUUCUAACGUUAGUAACGUUUAUAAUAUUAUCCAUCAUCACCAUUAUACUUACGAAACUUAUCAUCACCUUCUACAAACAACGUAAAGGAAUUUUAUACGAAAAACAAAAAAUAAAUUAGUCGAUGGAUAAUAUAUAAACAUAUAUGUGAUGGCAUAACGGGACACGGGAAAGGUUUUCUUACCGUGUGAAUGCUCUAGCCCAGGUAGCACGGGUAAGCAAACAUCAGCGUCGCAGACCCGUGCGGGUGCGUUAAAUU